AUGUUGCAAAGCGAUCCUGACGAGAGGUUGAUAUAUCUGGCCUGCCAGCAUAUCUUUCGUGGCCCUAACUCUCAGGUGAGAAAACUCAAGACAGUCAAAGGCUUAAUUCGGCAAAAUGAACUUUCCCUCACCGAUGUUCUACGUGAAUACAAUAUCGACCGCACUAGCAACGUUGCUAAAAAGCUCCUCGAGAGUCAGGUCUUCGAUUCGACCUUGAAGGCUAAGAUUCGAUUUCCGGAAUUAUUCGAUGUGUCGCCUACCCAGAGUGCAGAGAGGGAAGCUUCAGAAGCAGAAGCUGCAAAAGAGGAGGCUAAUACUGUGAGGGAGAUUUCUGCCAGUGAAGCUUCAAAAGACAUGGAAAUCGCUUCAGACGCCGAAGUUGAAAGCGAACGGACUGUCGGCGAUGACCUGUUUGUUCCCGCAAGUUGUCCAGAUCAAAAUACAGACACACCUAUAGCCAUUCGAUCGCUAUAUCCGGUUUAUAUUCACUACCGAUGUCAGCAUCAAAUCCUGACGACUAUACAAGAAUUGCUUGAAGAAAGUUGCUUCGAGUUUGGCCAGCGACAUUUUCCCCAUCUCUUAACAUCGAAGGGAUGGGACUGUCCCGAGGCGGUUGAACUUACCGAAUGGACCAAAAUACUAUCUCGCCAUUCCACCCCAUGGUCCAACGACCUGAAACGUCCCGUUAACGAGUUUGUUGUCCUACUACGAGAACUCCGACAUUCUGCUGUGCACCGACUUCGAAAAACCGCAACUGGUGUUGAACGACUUGCUGAGAACGCGCAGCUGUUUCUCGAAGCUUUGGAAGACUCGAAUCGAUCGGAGAAGGUCGAGAGUGUUCGGAGGGAGCUGCGAACCGCGAUUGAAGAGCUUAAGCGCAACAAAGAUCUCCUUGAGAGAAGACUGGUAGCGCAACUCAAGGAGAUAGAAAGGAAGCGGAGUGAAUUGGACGUUUGGGAAAAGAACGCGAGGGAAGGUAUGAUUAGAGAAGACUUGCAAUGUUCAAGGGACAUGGGUGAACUUCUGGAAGGCGUUGUUCGGCAAGUCAAGUCAAAGGGCCCAGAGGUGACCGAGUGUGAGAAAAUCGUUCCGGAAAUGUAUUCAGAAUCGUUGGAUUCGGAAGAGGAAUUUCUAGAUGCCGUUUUAAUGACACCGGAGUUUUAA